UUGAAAUGGACAGAAAGAUCCUACAGGACCUGGAAGGGAAGAGAAGAAUAGAGGAAGAGGGAGCAAAAGAGAGGAUGAUGAAGGUGAAAAAACAAAGAAGAGACGUCAGAUCAAAAGCCGGGGACAAAUGCUGUCUCUCAGAGCUGAGGAUUUUGCUGUUGGGUAACAGGUUUGCUGGGAAGAGUUCAGCAGGAAACAUCAUACUUGGUGGAAAAAAGUUUGACUUAAAUGGAACUUCUCAAUGUGUGAAGAGACAAGUAGACAUAGCAGGGAGGCUCAUUACUGUAGUUAAGGGUCCAGAAUGGUGGCCUGAUACACCUGUGGAGGAGUUCUCUGAGAUACUUAAAAGAGAGAUUUUGCUUAGUGUGUCUUUGUGUCCUCCUGCACCUCAUGCUGUGAUAUUGGUUAUACGUGCUGACACUGUUUUUGAAGAGAAAAAUAGAAAGAACAUUCAAGAACGCUCGGAGCUUCUCACUGAUUCAGUGUGGAGUCACACUAUAGUUCUGUUCACUCAUGGAGACUGUCUGGGAGACACACCCAUAGAGCAGCACAUUGAGAGUGAAGGGAAGGAGCUCCAGUGGCUGGUUGAGAAAUGUGGGAACAGGUAUCAUGUUCUCAACAAUGAGAACAGGAGUGAUGACACUCAGGUCACAGAGCUGCUGGAGAAGAUAGAGGAGAUGGUGGCAGCAAACAGUGGACAACUCUUUCAGUUUCCCUGCAGUGUUCAAAAAGGACAAAUAACCUUGGGGAAGGGAUAUCCUGGCAUGUAUGAACAUCAAAAUAUGAAGAGAGAACAGGGGUCAGAUGACCGGUUUCUAGAAAGUUCUCAUUUUGGAUCAACAUAUUCCAUAACUUCAUCUAACAGCUCUGGAUAUGGGUCCUUAUUUUCCAUUCCUGGAUCUGUCUUACAAAGACCUAACAGUAUGAUCUUGUCUCCACUGAUGAGUGAUGAAGAGUGGUCAGAUAUGCAGUCUCCGGGACUUUCCGCCAACACUUCAUCUACAUCACAACUAACUGACAUCAGUUCAUUUUAUGGAUCAUCACAUUCCGUAGCCUCAUGA